UCAGUUAUUUGUUCGCGUUCCCAGCAAAAAGAAGUGCUGAACUGUGAAGGUUUUUAGUGUUAAAAUUGUUUUAAUGGAAUUCGCGAAAUGCAUAGUGCUUUUAAUUUUCUGCGGCCUGCUGAUCCUCACUGGAAUUCGUGCUGACUUCACAGUUGGCGCGUGCCUUUCGUAUUACGCGGGUAUUGCCUACGGUGACUGUAUACCAAUACAGGAUUGCCCCACUUUAUAUGAAAUUGCUUUGAAACCCAUUUUACUAGUAGAAGAUGUAAAUUUGCUGAGAAAUAGCAAAUGUGGCAGUGCAAAUAAUAAAUUCUAUGUUUGCUGCCCAAAAGAUUCAUGGCUACGGCAAUCCCGAGUUUCCAUUUCUGUACCGGAGAGUAUCUGCCAAGCACCCAAUGGCACACCUGGAGUUUGUAAACCCAUCAAAGGGUGCAGUGCCUUAAUGAAUAUCGCUAUGAAAGAAAAAAUUGCACCCGAGGAGAUUAUCUACCUACGAAGCAGUCUGUGUGGAAAUGCUAAUGGCAAUUUUAUGGUCUGCUGCCCAGUAGCUCCAAAUAUAUCUGAAAAUGAAGUAGAAUCUACUACAGUAGCGACGGCAGUUCCUAAACCAGAGGCCUGUCAAACACCGAACGGCGAACCUGGAGAAUGCACAUCCAUUCGGGACUGCAGCCCCUUGGUCAAUCUAGUUACCAAUCCGGAUAGAACGGAAGCAGAAACUGCUCUUUUGCGCAAAAGUCAAUGUGGACUUGCAAAUGGAACUAUUUUAGUUUGCUGUCCAUUGCGGAAAUCCGUUAAAAUCCGUGAUGAUCCAACAACAGAGGGGAUUUUUUCAACACAAAGUAGUUCUAAGGGAAUUGAGCGAGCACAAUUUCCGGAAGAAGCUGUGCCAGGAACUGAAAACUACCGAGAUACGACCGAGAGUACACGAAUUCCAUCAAAGCAAAACAAAUGUGGAAGAGCUGUUUUAAGCAAACGUAUUUUCAAUGGAAAAGAAACAGAUAUCGAUGAGUUUCCUUGGACAGCAUUGCUAGUGUACACUAAUGACUACGACAAAGUGGACUUUUUAUGUGGCGGUGCUCUGAUUAGUAGGAAUUACGUUCUCACCGCUGCACAUUGCGCAGACGGUUAUAUUGCUGAGGAUUUCUUGCUCAAAAGUGUUCGCCUAGGCGAAUGGAACACUAGAACAAAGAGAGAUUGCCAAGAAGACAACAGAGGCCAAGAGUUAUGUGCACUACCGCAUCGAGAUGUAGACGUGCAGAGAAUAACAAUUCAUCCACAUUACAAUUCUGGAACCCUGACCAAUGAUAUUGCAUUGUUGCGCCUAGCGGAAUAUGUUGAUUUGACAGAUUUUAUUAAUGUCAUAUGUCUUCCGUUGGAGGCGAGCCUACAAUCGGAGCUCCACGUAGGUGCCGCUGCAGUAGUCGCUGGUUGGGGAACAACUGAAACGAGUCGACAUAGUUCAGUAAAAUUGAAAACUACUAUUACAGUGCUGAAUUCCACACAAUGUGGUGUGAAAAAAGCUCGUCGGCGUAUUACAAUUAGCGAUAAGCAAAUGUGCGCAACGGGCAAUCGUUCCGACUCCUGCUAUGGCGAUUCAGGUGGUCCACUUAUGCUGACAGAGUCACAAAAUGACGAGGUUUCUUAUUACUUGAUUGGCUUGGUUUCGUAUGGCACUGGCGAAUGCGGACAAAAGGAUACGCGUGGUAUUUACACACGCGUCGGAGCAUAUGUGGAUUGGAUAGAAGACACUAUGACGAAAUAAUUCUCAUAUAAUAUUAAUGUAAUAUUACUGCUAUGCUACUCAUAGACACGAUUUUUACAAUAUAAAAUUGUGCUGGUCCAAAAAAUGCCUUUUUCCAAUCAUAUAUGAUAAGUGAUGUCUAGGGAAUGUGGUUUAGAAUAUUGUGCAAAAGGAGUGCCAUAUCCAGUAGCAGAAUAUUUUAUUUCAUAAACUUGAAUUUGUCCGGCUUUAAACGCGAAAAUAAAGUGGUUAAGCGACGAAAUUUGAGAUAUUCACUUGUUGAUGCAUUUACAGCCUAUGUCAGAAAAAAAGGACCGCGAUAAUUCAUGAAGUAUAAAAAGUAUAUAUUUAAACAAUUUUUUUACCUAAAAGUAUGUACAAAACUACGAGGCGCAAUAAGCUGUUUAGUCUCCAUCGUUGUCGCAUAUAGCCUGACAUCUUCUCGGUAUGCGUUAAAGCUUUUCUACGUAGCUCGUCGAUAAAGAGAACCAGAUUUUGCGAACUUGACGCAUGAGCUGCUUUAAAUUAUGGACUGGCCUUCGGGCAAGAUGCGUUUUUAUAGUUCCCCACACAGUUUCAAUGGGGUUGCCGUCUGGGGACUGUGGUUUUGACGAUGUGGGAUGGUAGGAUAUAGUAUGUUCGCCUACUUCAGUCGACGUUCGAUGGUGUUCAUACUCACAUCUAUUGCGUUUACGGGAGAGUUUCGAACGACACUAACCUAAGUUAGCACAAGAAAAAAACCGG